UGAAGCCUCGGGUCCCAGCCUUGUCUCUAUGAAGGAUGAUAGAUCCAUGGGUGAGCCAGUGUGGUUUGGUGAUGAUAAGACACAAAGCCCGCUGAUUGUGGAACCGUCUAGAAAGAAACUCCGAAAAGAUCCUGAAUGCCAGAGAGAUACAGAGGAAGACACUGAGGGCAGCCAUUUUUUGAAAGCAAAGAAGAAUCUUAAAAAAGCAAUGCAGAGGAAAUAUACCCUCACAUUUGAAGGUAACGGUGACCAAGAGAACCGUUUGGACAGCAUCUACACAACACUCUUCAUCACCACGGCAGAGAGUGAAGGGCCACAUGAGGAACAGUCGUUCAGACAAACCAAACAACCACAAUCUUCUGAACAAUCAGUCAAGCUCAGUGAAAUCUUGAAGCCUUUGCCAGGCCAGGAGACACCAAACAGAACCGUCCUGACGAAGGGCGUUGCAGGAAUUGGAAAGUCAUUUUCUGUGCAGAAAUUCAUUCUUGAUUGGGCCAAGGAGACAAAAAACCAGGAAGUUGAUUUUGUUUUCAAUAUCGCCUUCCGAGAGCUGAAUUUGAGUCCCGAUAACAAAAGCUUGCACGAGCUCCUGACUGAAUUUCACCCUGCGAUCCAGGAUCUGAAAGAAUCAGAAGAUUUAGUCAAAGCCAAGGUUAUAGUGAUCCUGGACGGUCUGGAUGAAAGCAGACUUCAGCUGGACUUCAAGAACAGGCCGGUGACAUCUGUCAGUGAAGUAACAUCUGUGGGUAACCUUAUAGUAAACCUCAUCCAGAGGAACCUUCUUCCUAAUGCCAACCUCUGGAUAACGACCCGUCCAGCAGCAGCCAGUCAGAUCCCUGCAGAGUGUGUUGACAUGGUGACGGAGAUAAGAGGGUUCAGUGACCCACAAAAAGAAGAAUACUUCAAGACGAGGUUCCAUCAGGACUUGGGUCUCGCUGACAGGAUCAUUUCGCACAUUCGCUCAUCUCAGAGUCUUGACAUCAUGUGCCAGAUCCCGAUCUUCUGCUGGAUUGCUGCCAUAUUAUAUGAGGAGAUCUUUGGGGUAGAAGAGAAAGCUGAAACUCCUCAAACUCUAACAGAGAUGAUGACGCAUUUCCUGUUUACCCAGACAAAACGCAGAAGCAGAAAAUAUAAACAGAAGACAGAGAAAAACAAAGAGAAACUUCUGAAGACACACAAGGAAUUCCUUCUGAAACUCGGUAAGCUUGCAUUUGUUCAGCUGCAGAAGAACAACCUCAUCUUCUAUGAAGAAGACCUGGAAGAAUGUGGCAUUGACAUACAAGAAGCAACCGUGUACUCUGGAUUUUGCAACACCGUUUUUAGGGAAGAACAAGUCUUUCACAAGAAGAAGGUCUUCUUCUUUGUGCACCUGACCAUACAGGAGUUCUUUGCAGCUCUUUUUGUCUUUGAAUGUUUCACAAACAGGAACACAAAAGAGCUCGGCAACUUCCUCGAAGCGGAUGACAAAGAACAUACUUUACUUGAUCUUCUGAAGAUGACAGUUGACAAAGUGUUGGAGGAGGAGAACGGCCACCUGGACUUCUUCUUGCGAUUCCUCCUUGGCCUCAUGGUUGAACCAAACUGGAGAGUCCUUCAGGGUCUGCUGACACCGCCGGACCCAAGCCAAGAUACCGAAAAGAAAAUCUUGACUCACCUCAAAGCCAUCCGACGAAAGGCCCUGUCUCCAGACAGCUGCAUCAACCUCUUCCAGAAUAUGGUCGAGAUGAGAGACCACAAAGUCAAAGAUGAGAUACAAGAAUAUCUCAAGUUGUCAGAUCGUUCAAAAACAGAGCUGACUCCCCUGCACUGCUCUGCGCUGGCCUACAUGCUGCAGGUAUCAAAGAACGAUCUGGAUGUGUUGGACUUGAAGAGUUACAACACAACGGAUGAAGGCAGAAGGAUGCUGAUACCAGCUGUGAGGAGAAGCAGAAAGGCCAUACUAGCAGACUGCAAAGUGAAUGAAGAGUGGAUUAAGCAUCUGGCCUUUGGUCUUAAGUUCCCCUACUUACCUCUGAGAGAACUGGAUCUGAGCAACAACGACCUGAAAGAUUCAGGAGUAAAGCUGCUCUGUGAUGGACUGUCCAGUCAACACUGCAGACUUGAAACGCUGAGGCUGUCAGGUUGUCAGAUCACAGAGGUUGGCUGUGCUUCUCUGGCCUCGACUCUACGUUCAAAGACCUCCCAGCUGAUGGAGCUGGACCUGAGCUACAAUCACCCAGGAGUCUCAGGAGAGAAGCUGCUCUCUGAGCUGAGGAACGAUCCACAGUACAAGCUCAGCACUCUCUAUCUUGAUCAUGGCGGAAGUCACCGGAUGAAACCGGGCUUCAAGAAAUAUGCCUGUGAGCUCACUUUGGACCCCAACACAGCCCACAGGAACCUCCUUCUCUCUGAAGGGAACAGAAAGGUGACCUGGGUGGAAGACCAGCAGCGAUACCCCGAUCAUCCAGAAAGGUUUGAUCGCUGCCAACAGGUGCUGUGUGAACAGGGUCUGGAGGAGCGAUGCUACUUGGAGGUCGAGGUGAUGGAGCCCUUCGAGAUUGGGUUAACGUACAGAACCAUUGGCAGGGAAGGGGAUGGGAAUGAUUGCAAGCUGGGACGCAACGACAAGUCUUGGAGCAUGACUUGCUCAGAUAAUGGUUGUUUUGUUCUGCGCAACGACAAAAGUAUCAGUAUAUCGUCCCUGGUCUCGCGAUCCAGUCGGGUGGGGGUGUAUCUGGACUGGCCGGCUGGCACUCUGUCCUUCUACAGAGUUUCCUCCGACCAGCAGAUCCGCCUCCAUACCUUCAGAGCGGAGUUCAAAGAGCCCCUCUAUCCUGCUGUUGGGCUUCGCACUCAUUCCUCUGCAGCAUUUUGUCAGCUAACGUAGACCAUUCAGCAAGAAGCUCCUGGUCUCUGCUUUACUAUGUAAGACUUGACCAAAUUACUUUUAAAUGUCAAUGCGGUGUUGUAAAUGACUUGUAUGUUUUCAUUGCUAUUAUUGUGUAACUGCCUAGUUAAGCAGAUCAGGAUGAAGAUGAGGGGCUCUUUUUGAUUUUAAUGUAAAUAGGUAUGAGGUUUUAUUUUAAUGUUUUCAGCUUAGUCAGCAGCUGUAUCUUUUAUUACUUUACUUUACUUUAAUUUUAAAGCUUCUACUUUGACAGGGGCAGAAUCAGCUGUUUGUUUAUUCUCUACAAGGGAAAUUGUACUUGUGUUAUAUGUUAUAUGUACAAAAGUUAUUAAUAUAUUAAGUUCUGCAGGUUUCCUCGCUCUUAACACUAUCAACUCUCAGUAACGUUACAUAAUAGGAGACUCUUUUGAGGAUUUUGUCACAUCUACAUACAUCGGUACAGUAAAAGAAGAGCUGAUUUUAGUUUAAUCUCCUUUUGAACUGGUUUUAUCUUUAUACUUUAUACUAAAAAUAGAGCGCAGCAUUAAAUAAGGUAUCAGCCUCCAUGCCUGUUUCGCAAUAUAAAUACUAUACUACAUUUUCUUUACGUCAUAAUGUAGUUUGCCUUACAAAUGUAUGUCGUAACAAAUUUAAUAAAAACCUCAUAGUUUAGUAUGUCUUGAAAAUGUCAUAGUCUAGUAAAUAUAUAUAUAUAUCUUUGACUUUGUACGACAGCAUAUGACGAAAAGUUAAAUACUUUCUAGAUUUCAAAUGUUUUAUAUUUUAUUAUAAAUAUACAUGUCACAUAUUCGUCUACAGUAUGUUCAUAUUUCAGUGUUUUCUAUAUAUUUCUAUUGGCUGUCAAAUUAAUUGCCCAUAAAUAAUCUUAAAAUAAAACAUACUGGUAUCAUGUUAAGCACCUUCUAAAAUAAGAAUCAGAUUUCAGCAGUUGACUUUAUAUUUUAUUUUUGUGUCCUUUAUGCUGCAGGUUUGUGCUGUUUGUGAAAAAGUGAUGUAACAUUUGUAGGGGAUCCUCUUUCAUUUUUUUAUUGUGUUUAUCUGCAUUAACUUUUAGCAUUUGAAGAGUAAACUUUAUAGAUGGUAUUAACCAAAUUGUUAUCAUGUUGCACCUCAUCAAAUAUGAUUAUUAAAUAUUUUGUGGCUUAGAAAUCUAUUUUAAUACUUUCUAGAGUUCAGCUUUUAUGUGUUAAGAGAUGAAUGCAAAUGUCAAAUAUUCAUGUUCAUGUUUGGGUUUCCAUGUUUCAUGUAAAGAGUUAAUUUACAAAAUCAGAAAAAUACGCCAUUUUUAAUCAAGACACUAGUUAGAUUGGUAUUUCCUGGAGUGCACAAUAAAAAAACAGAUAUUUAGGAAAUUAAAUAAAAUUUCAGAUGCCUGUUUUUGUAACUGAGUUCUUUAUGUAUUUUGAUUUUAUGCUGCUAUGUUUGUGAUAGUUUCUUAGUGUUUUCAUGUAACCAAAAUAUCCAUCAAUAAAAAAUGAA